AUGGAGGCCCCCAACCAGCCUCCGCGACAAGUCGGCCUCAUUGCUGCGCACCUCCUAGAGCAGCUGGGUCAAGAUUCCAUGGAGCAACACAACAGAAUCAUUGGUAACUCUCCGAUUAUCGGAAGCAUGGUUCAUCCAAAGAAUCCGGGAGCACUCCCAUUGUACGAUUGGGCGCUAUUCGAUGCAACUAAGCUAGGUUUCGACCACGACACGACCAGCUUCACCACAGCCAAGGAGUCGGAAUUUCCUAGAGAGGGCACUGCGGUAGCCAUCAGAACCUUAAGGGGCGAUUUGGCUGGCACUCUGUCAUCCUCCUCGAGCGGGAUAAUGCUCAACGCAGACCAGGGUUUUAUUCAAGUGAGAACGAUCGUCAUGGACAAAGGUGCAGUACUUAUGAAAGGCGACUCUGGUGCCUGGGUACUCGGAGAUGGGUGUGUAUACGGAUACAUAAUCGCAAUAAACGGCGAUGACCACGCAUAUAUGGUGCCAAUGCACACAGCAAUCACGGAAAUACAAAAUGCCCUAAGCGCUCAUGUGGUCUCUCUGGCCAUCUCAGCAUUCCCGCGCCCGCCAGCCCAUAUUGGAACGACCAAUGAGCACGUUAGACAGACGGAGAGAUCCGUUAUCUUCUCAGACAACAACACCGUACGCUUGCCUCUCAGAGGUCUUCGAAUAAUCCAACCGGACAGUUCUUCAACAGUUUCUAUUGAAGAAGCAACCCCCGCUACUUCGGCCGCCACCUUACAAGAGCAGCUUCUUUCGCAAGUGGAUCAGAGCCAACUCGAAUCGCAGCGUGCUGAAGCUUUUCUUGGGCAGGGCCGCAUCGUAGAAGCGAUCAAGAUCCUUGAGAGUGUCGUGGAAACCCGUGAAAACAUUCUUGGCCCGAAUCAUCUGGACUGCAUUCACUCAAAGUACAAGCUCUCAGUUGCUUAUACACAAAACGGGCAAACAACAGAUUCAAUCAGGAUAUUGAAGCAUCUGGUAGGGGAGGAAUUGGUCGCCCUUGAAAAGUCAGAUAUUCGCCGCCUUACAUACCAACAUGAACUUGGCAGGGCGCACUUGGCAGAUGGCCAGAUAUCAGAGGCCAUUAAAGUACUAGAGGAUGUCGUGACGGUGAAAAUCUCGACCUUUGACACGUCAGAUCGACACCUUCUUGCAACUCAGGUGGUCCUUGCUGAAGCAUACCUGCGUGCCAAUCGAGCUUCCGUCGCCGUCAACUUGUACGAGCAUAUCUUGGCCGUUACUUCAACACCCUCCGGCGAGCAUGAACAAAUAAGAGCUGCCGUGGUGCCAUGGUUGGACAUGGCACGCAGGCAGCUCGUUGGCUCGGGUUCAGUUGCGAAUCUUUCUGGGCAGUCUGGUUUGCUUUUCGUCCACCAGAAGAAGUGA